CGGGCUGUGCCGAGCUGCUCCCUGCGGGAUCAGAGCGCUCCCCCGCCGGGACCCUUCUCUCACAUCCCCCUGCUGGGACGCGGCUACAUUUCCAGCCAAGCACUGCCUGCCUUGGCUUUAUUAUGUGUGUCUGCGCCGCAGCCCCGCCAGCAGAGGCAGGCAGAGGAGGAGGAGGGAGGCUGGUAGCCAGAGUCAGGACAAAGAAAAAGCAGGGAGACAGAGGCUAGCGCAGGGUUAGGCUGCUGUUUAUUAGUGCCGCUGUAGGAAAUAUUAACAAACAGAAAACGUGGGUUGUAAAAGCAGCUUUCCCCUCUGGGUGGAGAAACAGGGAGAAGGAGCGCACUGUCCACAGAUCCACACCACCUAGAGUAGAAUUAAGGGACGGAACGCAGGAGGCUGUCCGGUUCGUCUCUUGGAGGGGGGUUAAAGAGAACCAGAGCAGGUUGAAACAGUAAACUAAAGGAGCUCAGAGGAAGAGGAGAGGAGCGCGCGUCAUUCGAUAGCCAAUUAUUUUAGAAAAUCCCCCCAAAAAAGAACAAAACAACAACCCCACUCUCUGCGGGGACUGUGGCUGUCACUUCUCUCUACCACAGCGCGUGGAGGUCCUGCCCAGGUGUUUGAUUUGCCGCGCGCGUGGGUGGCAGCUCGCGCACAGGUCCGUCCGCGAGCGCUGGAAGAGAUUGGAGAAGGCGGAACGCGUGCCGCGCGACAGCGGAGAAACAGCCGAAACAAACCCAAAAAGGCUGUCUGAGUCGCGGCGAAUAAGGAAGUUUUGUCCGCUUAUCCUACAGGUUGCGCCAACCUUUUUUAUUUUUAUUUAAUUCCUUCCUUUGAAGGAGGAAACAGCAGCAUCUGCCUGCCGUCCGUUCGCGGUGCGUCGGGCUGCUACUGGCCGGACUGACGCCGGAGAGCGACGCUGCCGCAUUGCAACAGGCGGAGAGGAGGUGGAGGUGAAGAAGAGGAGCGGACAGCCCGGCUGCUCCGCCGCCUGCAUGGGAAGCUGAAACACGAAGCGGAACGAGAGCAGUUAGAGAAAAGCAAGGUUUCAGAGAGCAGAGCGGAGAUGUCCAGACGGAAACAGGCCAAGCCGCGUUCAGUUAAAGCAGUGGAAGAAGGAGAACCCUCAGAGGGAGGAGGGACUUGGGAUGAAUCCGCCGUCCAGACAGACGUUCCUGCGCCUAACAGAGAGCUGGAGCUAAAAGAAGGCCAGGGGGGUGAGGAUGGGGAGCAGGAGGAGCGCGACGAUGACGACCUGGAUGAUGAGUCCAUCUUCACCUGCGAUAACUGUCAGCAGGACUUCGACUGCCUGGCAGAGCUCACCGAGCACAGAACCAACCACUGCCCAGCCGCCUACUUUCUCCUUUAUGAAAUAUGGAUGGGAGCAGUUUUGGGCGCGCUGAGAGGUUUGCAGUCGGAGGGAGGGACGGAUGGAACUUGGGAACCGGCAAGAAAACGAAAGGAGGGAGGGAGGGGAGCUGGUGUCUCAGCAGACGUGCCUUGUGCAUGCACCUAAACACCUCACUGAGCA